GUAAUAGUGCGCUCUAUGGACUGGAGUCUAUCUGGUAAAUAUCUUGCCGCCGGGCUUAGUAACGGCGAGGUUGUUUGUUAUUAUGUGCAUACUCAACGUGAGCACUGGCGGGUCAGUGUGACAACUGUGAGCACCGUCUAUUUUGUGUCGUGGAGCUGCACAGAGUCGGGCGGUCAUAUUGCAGCUUCCCAUCGUGACGGUCUGGCUGUGAUUUCUGCGCGUGACGGUAAAAUUUUACGUCAUUACAAGACAAAGUCCCCUGUUUUGGGCAUAGAAUUUGACAGAAAACAUCCAAAGCACCUUGCCGCGGCGUGUCAGGAUGGGCAAGUACUUGUGUUUCACAUCAGCUCAAGUCGUGAAGAACCCGCGCUCAUACUUACAGGCCACAUGGCUGCGGCUAGUAGUGUGGCAUAUAAUCCGACUGUACCAAACUUUCUUCUUAGCUGUAGUCAUGACACCACAUUACGGCUAUGGGAUCUUUAUUCAGGAGCAUCGCAUACUGCUUCUGUUUCAUGCCGUGUAUUACGUGGACAUACAAAUAGUGUAAAUGCCAUUGCAUGGUGCAGUAUUGCUCCGUAUAUUGCUCUUUCUGCCUCGUCUGAUUGUACAGUGCGGCUAUGGGAUGUGCGUGGUGGAAGUAAUUUGGCAACUGUUCGUGCUCACAAUGCGGAGGUUAUAGCAUUGAGCACGCAUCCCGAGCGUCCGCCUGUGUUUGCUUCCGUUUCGCAUGAUAACAGCAUCAUCUUUUGGCAUUUGGGACUACUGAGACAAGUGUACCUUGAGGCCGCUCUGGGCAGAAUUGAGCAUUGCAUUGUAUCGGAUGGCGCCUCUCUUUUGGCCAGCGCUGCUGCUUCUUCUUUUGUGGACCCUGCCCAUUUGGUGACCGGUGAUGUCGUGCAGGAGCUAAAUAAGGAGUUGAAAGAAGCGAAUCUCGCGCCGCACAAACGGAUGGAACGACUUGUCCGGAUGUUUGAAUUUCCCUGUGGAGCGGUAGAUUUGGCGCGGGCGGCAGGGUUUUCUGUUGAUCCACAGGACGUAUCCAACGCAAAGUGUACUGUUGUGCCCACUUCACGACUUGUGGAAGUGCAUGGAAAGUGGGGAAAGACCAAUGUGGAGAAGUCACAUGGUAAAACCGUGACGAACGCAGGUGAGGAGUACAAGAAGUCUCGUAUUAUAGAAGCAGCCGAGUUUAUGUUGCAGAUUGGGAAAGUUGCCGAGUAUUGUCAGUUGAUGGCUGAAGUGGGUGAAUGGGACCGUGCCAUUGCUGCAGCGCCUGUCGUUAGCCGCGAUUUCUGGCGUUCACUUUGUCUAAAAGCAGCGGAGACGAUGGAAGCCGCUGGAAACACACGUGCUUUGCGUUAUUUUAUUAUGGCUGAAGAGAGUGCUCGUGCCGCUCUUCUUGUUUCUCGUCAGUCGAAUAAAAAUUGGGACCUGGCGGCUGUCAUUGCACAGACAUGUCCACAACGUGUUGUGAAUGAGACGAGUACAGAGCCUCCACACAACACGACAGUCGAUACAAACGGUGUCUCUGCUGUUGUGAAAGGAUUGUUAAAUGCCCGUGCCACCGCGUUGGAAAAUGCCAUGAAUCCUCGUAUUGUUGCUGCAACGAAGCUUGCAGAGGGUGCCAAUGAUGAUGCCGUGAUGGAUCUCAUACACAGUGGGGACGUGGUCAUUGCUCAUCUUCUUGUUCACACCGUCCCACUGCAGCGUCAGACGACCAUUGAUGCCGGUUAUCGUCUCUCCAAUGUUGCUG